CUCUGUCGGGGUGCUCAUUUCCAUCGGGGAGCCCAUCGGAGCCAUGGCUGAGGAGCAGCGGGACCUCAUCUCUGACCGCGGCAGCGGCGUGCUCAGUGUUGGGGACGCCCAGAGGUCUGCGAUGACACGCAAAGCCGCUUUCUCCACACUCUCCAUCCUGGUGGCCCUGCUCAUCGCCGGCCAGGCUGUCACCAUCUACUUCGUGUACCAGCAGAGUGGACAGAUCAGCAAGCUGACCAAGACUUCCCAGAAACUGCAGCUGGAGGCUCUGCAGAUGAAGCUGCCUGCCAGUGCCAAGCCAGUGAAUCAGAUGAAGAUGGCUAUGGUCAACACCCCCAUGGUCAUGAGGGUCCUGCCUCAUGCACCCUUUGAAGACCUUCCGGUUAAGGCCCCUGCUAGCAACAAAACCGAGGACCAAGUGAAGCACCUGCUGCUGCAAGCAGACCCCAGUAAGAUGUUCCCGGAGAUGAAGAAUGACCUGAUGGGCAACCUGAAGAGGCUGAGGAACACCAUGACUCCUACAGACUGGAAGUCCUUCGAGUCCUGGAUGCACAAGUGGCUGCUGUUUGAGAUGGCCAAGAACCCCAAGUCGGAGGAGCGCAAGGCAAUCCCGGCAGAGAAAGUGCAAACUAAGUGCCAAGCAGAGGCCAGGUUUGGGAAUGACCAGCUGGGCCACUUCCGCCCACAGUGYGAUGAGAACGGCGACUACCUGCCCAAGCAGUGCCAUUUCUCCACUGGCUUCUGCUGGUGCUGCUACARAAACGGCACCAAGAUUGAGGGCACUGCUACUCGGGGAAAGCUGGACUGCCCUGGAAAUGAUGCUCCCACUGCUGCCGCUGCCACCGCGGAUCCGGAGGAGAUGAUCUUCUCCGGGGUGGACAUGCUGAAGCUGAGUGCGAGCAAAGCAGACUAGAAGAGGAUGCCAGCAGUUGCCUUCAGCAUCCCAGCUCCUGCCUUAAUUCUCUGUUUCUUUUCUGCUCUUGCAUUGCUUUUCCAAGGCAGUUAACAGUGGGUAUCCCUGGGCACCCUUCCCCUGCUGCAGAGCACCAGCCAGGGCUGAGCUGUCACCAGCGUCAAAGAAUUCCCUCAGAGGGUGGGUAGAGCAGGCUAUUAUUUCAACUAUGGAAAAUUAUUUCAGCUAUGUCARAUCCAUAAAUCCUGUUCUCUUUGGCUCGACCUCCAGCAGCACCGAGGCACUGGCACAGCUCACCCCUGCUGAAGAAAUAAUGCUUCCUUACAA